CUCUCUCUCCUUAGUUUAUUUUUGGUAGUACUAUUGACCUGCCUUCAAACAGCAUUGGCGAUGAACGCUACGAUAUGCGACUGUAGUCAGGCAAAAAUGAAAGGAUUCUUGAACUUCGGCGACGAAAAUUGCCAGAUUAUAGAAGAUCCAUCCCCCCCAAAAGCUGUUAUAUAUACCCUCUUGUCCCACUUACCAGAAGUUAAACGAUUCCCGGGAUAUAUGUGUAGCGUCUGGUAUGCCCAUCGUUCAGUUAACACAGAUUUCUUUGGUUGGCAUACACAUGGUCAAAGCAAAUGGCCAGCAGUAGCUACUCCAGAAAUGUGCAGCCAAAUGAAAGAAUUCACAAGAUGCGGCGACUACGCAAUGAAUCCGGCGGGGCCACGAAAAUUUUCUUACGACCUGUAUCCUAACAUACAACCAUUGUGGAUGAGAACAAUAACCCAUAAGGUUCUGAACUGUAAAAUUGAAGAAGUAGCUCUAGAAACGGAAUGCGACAAUUGCACAAUCAAUUCUUCGUUAGGAACACUUUCAGGCAGCUUGAACGGGACAGCAACCGUUAACUUCGUUACUUUAAUCUGGGAUAAUUCAUAUAAAGAAAAGAAAGACUGCCAGCUUAAGUUAGUAAGAAGCGGAGAAGGACAGCUUUACAAAACAAAUAAUCCCGAGAACAAACGUUUACAGGAUAAACACAGCCAAACAGACUUUCUCAUCAACACAACAAUGCUCGCUUACUGCGGAAAGCGGCAAUUACAAAGUGUAAUGGGAAUGGAAAAAAUUUUAGUAGCAAUUAACAUGGCACCCCCAACAGGAGAUUCCUACAAAAAUGGGGAAUGGAUUCCAGUAUUUGCCAACAUCCAAGUUCAAGGGAGAAAACUAAUUGAAACGGAGAAAUUCAAAGUCGACAACACUUUAGCAACCCUUCUGCAAAUGCAUCCAGCAAUUCAAAAUAGCCCCCUGAGUCAUGCGUCGGUGAUGGCUGAUAUCCUUGCCACCAUUCACGAACAUCAUUCAGAGGACAACACAAAAGAACUUCUCACUUCCAAUGUCUUAAUUCACCAUAGCGAUGCCCCCCACGAAGAUUUUGUAGCAAAAAUGGGAGGGUGGAUAAAAAAUUUUGGAGCAAUUUCAGGCUUCGGGAUGAUUUCAGUAUUCACCGUUAGAUUUUGUGGUAUCGGAUCCCUCCUACUCAAACCCUUCCCAAUUAUGUCAAAAAUAUUCCAACUAAACUGCUUCAGCAAAACACCAGCAGCAAGUACUGCAACAGCAACACCACCGCCGAUUCAAAUCAUUAUGCCUCCUACCAGCAGUUCAUAUUCAACCAAAUCCAAAGCCUCGGAACGAUCAACAGAGCCCCCACGCAGAAAGAAGAGGCAGCGAAACCGCCAACGCCCUAAUCAACCUGAAACCGAAUCCUUCCUCCAAGAAAAUCAAGCCAACCCUCCCAGACGAGCUUGA